UGAUUUUUUUACUAGGAUUAAAUGUCAGGAAUUAUAUAUAAUGUGUGUUUAUUAACCACUCACUGUGUUCUGUCCCUUCCAGCCAUCCUCGAUAACCGCUGACUGUGUUCUGUCCCUUCCAGCCAUCCUCUAUAACCACUCACUGUGUUCUGUCCCUUCCAGCCAUCCUCUAUAACCGCUCACUGUGUUCUGUCCCUUCCAGCCAUCUUCUAUAACCGCUCACUGUUCUGUCGCUUCCAGCCAUGCUCAAUAACCGCUCACUGUGUUCUGUCCCUUCCAGCCAUCCUGAACCUGGACAAUACUGUGGUGGACCUGGAGACUCUACAAGCCCUCUAUGAAAAUAGAGCACAGCAGGAUGAGAUGGAGAAGAUCGAUAAGCACAUCAAGUCAUCUAAAGACAAGGACAACGCCAAACCACUGGACAAACCUGAACAGUUCCUAUUCCAGUUACAUCAGAUCCCCAACUUCUCAGGCCGGGUGUUCUGUAUCCUGUUUCAGUCCACCUUCUCUGAAUGGAUCUCCUCUAUCCUGCGCAAACUGGACAUCCUGCAGAGAGUGUGCACGACCUUGCAGAGUGGCCAGUGUGUGAUGCAGGUGCUGGGUCUGGUCUUGGCCUUUGGUAACUUCAUGAAUGGUGGCAACCGAACCAGAGGACAGGCUGACGGCUUUAACCUGGAUAUCCUGCCCAAGCUGAAGGAUGUGAAGAGCAGUGAUAACACACGGAGUCUGUUGUCCUACAUAGUUGCUUACUAUCUGAGACACUUUGACGAGGAUGCCGGCAGGGAGACGUGCCUCUACCCUCUCCCUGAGCCCCAGGAUCUGUUCCAGGCUUCACAGAUGAAGUUUGAGGACUUUCAGAAGGACCUGACCAAGUUAAAGAAGGACCUCCGAGCAUGCAACACAGAGGUGGAGAAGGUGUGUAAAGUGUCAUCUGAGGAUCACCUGCAGCCCUUCAAAAACAAGAUGGAGGAAUUCCUCAGCCAAGCUAAAUCUGACCUGGAGGUCCAGGAGAUGCAGCUCAGCGACACUCACAAGUUAUUCUUGGAGCUAACAGUGUUCUACCAGGUGAAGACUAAGAUGGGAGAGAAGGAGGUUUCCCCAAACACCUUCUUCUCUGUGUGGCACGACUUCUCCUCCGACUUUAAAGACCUGUGGAAGAAGGAGAACAAAAUGAUCCUACAGGAAAGACUGAAGAAGGCAGAGGAGUGCUUCCGACAAGCCAAGGAGAAGGCUACCUACAGUGUCAAACCCAAGCAUGCCUCGGGAAUCUUUUUUUUCACAGAAAGCCAAGCUGGGCAUGAAGAUUUAAGAUUGGUGGACGUCCAUUUUUACUGUCGAGCGAGAGAGACGAGGAACAACCAAGUUGGACUGCAUGUACUACUACAGAUGAAUCACUUAGGCUUUAGAACAAGAACCAAAUGACACACUUUUCCCUAUAUAGGACACUACUUUAGACCAGGGUCCAUAAGGCUGUAGUCUAAAGUAGUGCACUACAUAGGGAAUACGGUGCCAUUUGGGACAUAAGAUACUACUUUUUUUUUUUUUUUACUCCAAGCAGCUGUCAGUCUGUCCAUCUCCCGUCCUCCUGCCUGCUCUAUGGGACCGACUCUGCAGGCUUCUGUUAUUAGCUCGUCAGACACACAAACAUCAACAUCCAAUCAGAAAGAAGAGGGAAUCACCAUGAGGUCAGAGGAUGUCAUUAUACCAGAACUAUAUUUAUAGUGUGAUUCCACAGGGACAUACUAAAGGAUGCCUGCUGUAGAGAUACCUGGAGCCACCUUCUCCACAGGGACAUACUAAAGGAUACCUGCUGUAGAGAUACCUGGAGCCACCUUCUCCACAGUCCUACCCCCUACCGUAGAGAUACCUGGAGCCAUCUUCUCCACAGUCCCUACCCCCUACAGUAGAGGUAGCUGGAGCCAUCUUCUCCACAGUCCCUACCCCCUACAGUAGAGGUAGCUGGAGCCAUCUUCUCCACAGUCCCUACCCCUACAGUAGAGGUAGCUGGAGCCAUCUUCUCCACAGUCCCUACCCCCUACAGUAGAGGUAGCUGGAGCCAUCUUCUCCACAGUCCCUACCCCCUACAGUAGAGGUAGCUGGAGCCAUCUUCUCCACAGUCCCUACCCCCUACAGUAGAGGUAGCUGGAGCCAUCUUCUCCACAGUCCCUACCCCCUACAGUAGAGGUAGCUGGAGCCAUCUUCUCCACAGUCCCUACCCCCUACAGUAGAGGUAGCUGGAGCCAUCUUCUCCACAGUCCCUACCCCCUACAGUAGAGGUAGCUGGAGCCAUCUUCUCCACAGUCCCUACCCCCUACAGUAGAGGUAGCUGGAGCCAUCUUCUCCACAGUCCCUACCCCCUACUGUAGAGAUAGCUGGGAGCCAUCUUCUCCACAGUCCCUACCCCCUACUGCAGAGAUACCUGGAAGCCAUCUUCUCCACAGUCCCUACCCCCUACUUCAGAGAUACCUAGAAGCCAUCUUCUCCAGUCCCUACCCCCUACAGUUGAGGUACUCACCUGUAAAUACCAAACAUGUUGCCUGUUUAAGCUUACUACAUACCAUGACAAGAUUUGUGUUUUCCAAAGCAAUAUAAAUGUGUAUGUCUCACUGAAACGGUGAUCGUAUAUACAUAUUAAAAACACAACCUCAUUGGACUGUGUAUGUGAAGAGAAACAGCAGAACGUUCUAGAAGGAAAACGAACACAGCCGUUGUCCAGGUUACGUCCCAAAUUGCACCCUAUUCCCUAUAUAGUACACUACUGUUGAACAGGGCCCAUGCACCCUAUUCCCUAUAUAGUACACUACUGUUGACCAGGGCCCAUGCACCCUAUUUCCUAUAUAUAGUACACUACUGUUGAACAGGGCCCAUGCACCCUAUUCCCUAUAUAUAUAGUACACUACUUUUGACCGGGACCUAUGCGCACUAUGUAGUGUUCCAUUUGGGAUGCAAGCCUCUAACAGGUUGAUGUUUGGUGAUGUUGGUUUUAGGCCGUUGAUCUCACAGAGAGAGUAAUUAUUGACCCUUCUUAAUCCCCAAAUGGAUGGCAGCAACCAAGUCGCCUUGAAUGUUCUCAACAAGCAUUGGAAAUUAAACGUGGUAUUUGGGGGGUGGGGAAUCAGCUUGUUACCCAUAGCUGAGUGUUCUUAGAGCAACAUAAUAACCUUGAGUAAUGGACUUGUGUCCCAAACUGCUCCCUAUUAACCUAUUUAAGUACAUUUACUUUGCAUUAGGGCCCAUAGUAUAGUGUUCUAUAUAGGGAGCCGUUUGGCAUACGGACAUGAUGUCCAACGUUGAGCUCAACUUGAUUCGUGUGUCCGGCUUAGAAGAGCUGUUUGUAUCCUUCCUGACGAGUAGAGAGGUUUACCCACUGAAGCUCUUCUCUGAUCCCUGUUCACUCAGUCUAGAAGACACAGCUUGUAGAAUAGACUUCUGGGCAUGUUUUACUCACUUAACAAAAAAAACAUCACUUCAAAUACAUAUUUCUACUCUUAUCGAAGGGGGAAAAAUAAAUGACAAUUUUUUUGGUGUAAAACUGUAAAUGUAUAACUUAUUCCCUGUUUUCAUUUAUCUGAAGUGAUGCCAUGUUAGUCGGUAAGAAGACAUUUCUAAUGUAUGUGAGGACAGAGAGGGUUAUGGGAAAUGUAGUGUGUUGGUUUGAUAAACAUUUUGUUAAUGUAAGAUAGUGAACAGUCCUAAAGGAAUGUUCAUUUACAUUGAAAAGUGCAUUCAAAUAAUUGACUUGGUUACUAAAAUAAUAUAUUUAAAAAUGCUUUUAUCAAUGUAAAGUAGUAUUGUAUUCUUUAUGUAACAUAUUUUUGUAAAGAUUUUUAUUUUCUGUCCCCCAGCAUGUUAAAUCAUCAUCCUGGAGUUGUUGGAUAAGGUUUAUUAUUGUAAAAUGUGUUCGUAUCUUACUGGAUCUCUGCUUGUUUCUGGGAGCAGCAAUGUCACUUAUCUACAAUAAAAGGAAUAAAUUCAGAGUUUUGUUGUGGUUUGCA